AGGUGUGAGUCAAAUUUCUCGGUCCCCACUCGUUCUCUCCCCAUCCCGAGAAUGUGUAGGUUGAGCUGCAGUACUAUUGCAGGAUUUCCAUGUCAAGACUUAUCUCUUGCCUUUUCUCAAGCAGUAACACGAGAUCGCGCAUUAUGUUUUGGUCGCCCCACACCUCGAACUCUCUUCUCUCACUCUACCCUAAGUGACUUUCAUACGAGGUUGUCAUGCCUAUGCAGCCUAGUAAGUUUUUUCAGCACCUAAUUGUACUUUUUUCGCCUGGUGUACAACUUUUUCAAUGAGCUAAGCGAGACUCGUCUCUCUUCGUUUUUCCACAUUUCCUCGAUUUUCCCAGAAUUAAGAAUGAAGUUCUCCCACGCCAAACUGCAUCACCGCACUCAGAUGCGUUUUCUGCAUUAUCGCAGAACGCAGACGCAUUUUGUGCGACGUUGGUUCUGAUUCUAAGCACGCAUUCCUCCGCCAGGCCUCAACGAACAAAGGCAAUGGACCCAGUCACGGCGCAGACACGACGGUGACGUUGAGUUAAAAUCCACGGUGCCGCACAAAAAUUAGAAUUGCGAUGAGUAGGGCACAGAACAACACUCUUUCCGGGCCGUGUUCCAGCCGACGGCUGGCCGCGCACACUUGUUGUCCAGUACAACAACUGUGGCCAUUUUUACUACUUGUCUUCCUCGUCUUCGCACCAAUGCCAACAGUCGCGCAGCAAGCUCUGACCAUCGAGGAGGUGUCCUCCCGAUCGCCGUACGUCAACGCUUUUCCCGUCCACUUGCGGUUGACGUGGCAAACCAACAUUCCGACCACCAGUUUGGACGUGAAGUGCUGCGUGACUGCUGUGAAGGGCACCAUGGACAGCUCGCGGACCGAGCUGUACCUGGACCUGCGCACCGCCAACAACGGCGUGUCCUUUGACGCCGGGCAAGCGAACUGGCACUUUCUGCCCCGGAUCCCCUACUACCUGAGCGACAACACCACCCAGGCCACCGCGUUCCAACACUGUGGGUUGCUGGACCCGAGCAUCGAGCUGUACUUCGACAGCGACAACAUCCGGCAACUGCGGAAUCCCGAGAUCUCGGUGUACCAGUUCACGAUCCCCGGGUCGCUGAUUACGGCGAACAACCCGACCCUGGUCUUCGACUUGCGGAACGCGGCGAACCCGCUGGAGGCAAACGCAGACACGGCCGAAUUCGCCUCCAUCACCGUGUCGCACUCCAAUCUGCGCUCCGCGAGCGGGCGGCGGCAGAACGUGUACCACUGGGCUUCGAUGGAGGUGCUGAAGUUUCAGGUGCAGCCGAACUUCUACGCGCAAACUUCCGCCACGUUGGAGCUCACCUUUCGGUUGCGGGGGUUGAAACAAAGGAAAAGACUGCCGGGCAACAGCUGGAUCUCCCUGAACGCGCCGAUCGGCUGGAGGUUUUCCCUGCAGUCGCAGAUCGUGGUGUACCAGCCGGACCUCACGAGCGACAGUUUUCCAGUUUUGUUCACCGACUGCGGGAGGAUCGGAAAUGUGUGCACGGGCGGGUACCUGGGCGCGCAGUUGUCGGCGACGUACGAGUACAACAACCGCGAUUGGGAGUCGCAAUUGCGGAGCCUCGUGUUUCCGAACUCUCCGCACGUCGACGCGGCGACGUAUUUCGACUACAGUCAGAACACCAGCCAGGUGUACGUCCUUGGUCAGGCGGCCGGGAACGAGGUGGUUACGUACGUGAAUACGACCUCCUGGGACAGCUUGCCUAUCAAAUGUAAAAAUGUCUGGGUCUGGAAAAUUGCGAGAUUUGUCAUGCAGAUUUUCCAUGACCCAUGAGGUCUGGAAUGCGGGGCCUAGCAUGACAGAGUCUGUGAGGUCUCUGCCAUGCCUAUCCCGCAUGAGAAACUACCUCCCAACUUGGUCGAAAGUGGACAGCUUUUGGCACUCAUGCAACACAGAUUUUGACUUUUGCACUAUUUGGAUUUAGCAUGACUUUUCCAGACCCAGACAUUUUUGCAUUUGAUAUUGCCCAUGGCGGACCCAACCGCAUGGUCGGCGGUGCCGGCGCAGGCCCGGUACAAGCGGGCGGUGAUUCAGGAUGUGAACACGGGGGAUUUGCAGUUCUCGGUGGACGACACGGUGCUGCUGCGCGUCAGGGUGACGAACGUGGAAUCUCCCGGGAACAAGGCAAGCAACGCUGCGGACGAGUUGGCGAUGAACACGUGGACCUUUCACUACGGGUUGAUCCAGUCCACCGCACUGGACAAGAGACUGGCCACGGUCACGGUACGGGCGCGCGACGUGAUGCUGGAGGCGAUGGAGGUGAGUGUGAAGGUGAAAGGCUUUCAGUCGUCCGCAACGACGCCCGAUGCCUUCACCAUCUCCUCGGCCCCCUAUGCCUCACUGGUGCAGCUGGUUUUCACCGUGUCAAAAGCAAUCGCAACGAGCAGCAGAAAGAACUACUUCUAUCUGUGGACGCCAGCGGUUUCUGAGCAAGGAAACACGUGGAAAUUUUCCAGCAGCAAUUGCAAGGGCGAUCUCGGGGUACUGAACUGCUACAAUCUGGAUUUUGCCUCGGCGGGAACGAAUUCGUUGGUCCAUUCGCUGGCGACGAGCUACUUCACGGUCUUUGGCGAAACAGUUUUAGAUACGACGUCUGGAGGAAGUGCGUUGCAGUUUUCUAUGUUCGCGACAAGCCCGAAACCUGGGUACAGUUCAAAUGCGAAUUGGCGGCUCUCUUUGUCCGAGGAUGGGACGACUUUCGCGAAAAUUUUGAAUCACGCCAACGGGGUUUCGCACGCGAGUCUGACGCUCGUCGAGCUCCAGGAUUUCAACGCGGUCAAUUUGAAUUUCAUCUCGAUGCACACCAGUGCCGUCACCCCGCCCCCACUGUCGUUCGCGCCGAAGUUUAGCGUGUCCGCGAUCCCGGCCAUUCUCACCACCAGCACCAUUGUCGAGUUCCAGUUCCAGCUGCGCAAGUUGGACUUGGCCAGAACGAGUGCGCGGGCGACGUCAGUAGAAGCCACCAUGACGGGAUUGCGGCUCACGGGCCCGUGUGAAAUCAAAUCCUACAAAAAUGGAUUCAACUUAGCCAAGGUGGAAACCGGAAUCGCCGAUUCCGGGCACACGCUUUUUAUUCCAAUGGCGCACGUAAAAUUGAGCAGCAACAACGAUGCUAGGAUUAUGGUAGAAGUUGAGGUGUGCGCCAGUGCUUUGGCGCCAGCGAAUGCAGUGUCUCUUGGGCAACCGGAUUUUGGAGCAGCAGUGGGAACUGGAAACGCGUUUUUGUACACAAACGCGGAGGUGGCGGGGAAGUGGAAUCUAGAAGUGAUCGGAACGGGCAACGCGGUCCUGGAUCUCGCGACGGUCGCACAUUUUUCCGUUGCGACGCACGCCUGGGACCAGCGGUCCUCUUUUUCGGCCAUUUCGGAGAACAGGGUAGUCUUCCAAAUCUACCUACCCGCCACGACGUCGCUAGACCCACUCACGUUCACGAUCCGCGUCAACGGCUUGACCCUCUCUGCCUGCACCCUGGACCGGGUCCCCGGAUCCGUGUCCGAGUUCCCGACGAAUACGGCAUCAGUGGAAACUUUACUCUGUGCGGAAUCGUCUUCCGGUUACUACUUUCAGCUGUCCCAGAUUCCGGUGACGAGGAGCAUGUUGACGUUUCAAGUGCGAGCGACGUUUCCGACCCCGGACGGUAGCAGUGUGGAGAUCUGGGAAAGCGUUUCCCGCCCAAAUACGACCGUGACGACCACGCUGAGACAGCACGCACCCUUGAGGAUAAAUUCCGGCCCGAGCAGCAGCAGACGCUUCAGCCAAUGCGGUUCGCAAGUAUCGCUCUCGAGCUCCGUCGUGGAUCCCGUAGGAAAUGUGGUUGUGGUUCAGCAAACUGCCGCAGCUCCUACAUCUUCUAGUUCCAACACGUCGAGCAGCGCCUCGGCAAGUCUUGUCGCGAGCACAACAACAGUAGCGCCGAUAACGAACACCGUGGCGGGCACCAUCAGCGAGAAAGACCUACUCACCACCAGCCCCUCGAUUUACCCCGCGCAACACGCGUUGGGGCAGUACUUCAACCAGCUGCACAGCGGCAACAGUCGGGUGCGGAUAAAAACCAUUCCGUCGCUGGGAAACGCAUACGUCUUGCAGGACGACCAGACGCAGGAAUUUCUCAUGUGGUCCCCCCUCGAACCGACAGACAACGUCUGGCUACGGGGCGGCUACAGGUUGGCAACGGUGUCCGCGAGUUGCAACGGGCUCGCCGCGGAGAGUUCCGCUCUAUACGGGGACGUGGACAAGGACGCGGCGGACCAGGCCGACGAGCUGUGGCAGACGAUGAUUUUGAUCGUGAUUCUCGCCCUCGGCUUGCUGUUCGGAUUUGCGCUUCUGUACAAUCUCGCCUUCCACCGUGAGGACUGCUUCUCGCGGUUGCGCUUAAUCCUGGUGCUGCGCUACAAUUGGAGCGGCAAUCUGAUGAGCAAAAACUACUACGAUUACUACGGCGAGGAGGUCGGAGACGACGUCGCCCUGACCUAUCCGAGCUACUGGAGCAUCGCGGACGAACGGAAGCUCGCCAAGGUGCAGCAAAAGAGCAACAGCGCGUUUCGCGCACUGGCCAACGGGCCGGCGAACGAGAAGCCGGCCAAGUCGAAAUCCAGCCAAGAUUGGCCCUCGAAGGACGACUACUACAUCCCCGCUUUGCCCCCCGGGGUCGAUGUCUACGAUCUCAUGGACCAAGACAAACAAAAUUCCCCCGGGAGAAACAAUGGAUCCCUACCAACCAAUAUCGCUAGCAAUUACGCCGCGAGCAAAGAACGCAACCGCAGUGGAAGCACAGUUGGGGAACAACAUCAAAGGAAGAACAGCCUGCUCAGCCUCGAGGGAAUUCCGCCAGACUUGAACAACAAUGGGACGGACCCCUCGCCCUUACCGAGUCCGUCCGUCGGCAGUGACCACUACCACAGCAAAUUGAACUGGGCGCCGAAGCGCACCAUGUCAACACAGCAGCGCUCGAACACCGGAGACAAGUUGGAGCAGCCGCCGAAGAGGCAGAGUUCGACUGGGUCUCCAUUGAAGCAAGCGCCGAGUUGCAAAUUUCACAUCUGCGACCAGUCGGUGGUGGAGGGGGUACAGCGCAUGUUGGACGAAACGUGGAAAUCAACCGCAACGAGGGACCGAAGACGGCUCGCCGCGCGGAUUGGGGGCAGCGCGCGGGUCCCAACGCGGUUGGAGGUGGGCUACGUGGCGCGCGUGGAAAACACCGCCCUCUGGCGGCAGUACGCGGGCUUGCGUUCCUCGAUGCUGCAGCUCAGCCGCGGGGUGGACCUGAAAAUCCCCGCCCACAAGCCCAUACCCCUGUCGACCAAGACCUGGGAGGCUGCGGGCUUGCCGCAACCGGAGCUGUUCACGCCCCUGAACGAGUUUUUGUUCUUUCACGGGACCUCCCCCUCCGCCGCGGACAGCAUCGCGAACGAGGGCUUCAAGCUUUCGCUCGCCGGAAAGCACGGGGGGUCGAUGUACGGUGCGGGCAUCUACGCGUCGGAGUCCUGCACUAAGGCGGAUGAGUACUCGCACGACGAGUGGCUGGAGGACGACCGGUACUGCGCGAUGCUGGUCCUCCGCGCCGUCGCGGCCCGCGUGUACUACACGGCGGACCCGCACCCGGACUCCAAACACAUCGAGUCUCUGUGCAAGUUCAACCGGUUUGACUCGGUUUUGGGGGAUCGCGAGAAAGCCCGGGACACCUUCAAGGAGUGGAUUUUUUUCAAGCCGGAACAGGUGUACACCGAAUACAUCAUUCGCUACAAGCGCAGGUACGACGUCCGACCGCCGAGUUACGGAGCGAAACUUUUGCACAACGUCAGCUACCGGGCGUUGAUGCCGGCCGGUCUCGGGGGCAGCUUCUCCGGCUUGAACGCGUCCAAGUACCACAAGCAGAUAUGGGCCGAGCACUUGGCUGCGGAGGAAGAUUUGAAGAUGAAAAAGAAGAAAGACACGACGAAAAUUACGGUGGACGUCGAAGACGCCAAGGGCAAGUACACAGCGGACAAGAAGAACAAAAAGGCCGAUGUGGUGAAGCGCGCGAGCAGUGUGGGCGGCGUGUUGGACGAGGAAACAACCGCACGCGAUCGCGAGGAUAGGAGUGGUGCCAAGCGGUCCUCUUUCCUGAACCGUCCUCCCGGGGAAAGAGACAAUGGCAGCAGCAGUAGCAAGGACAAAAACCCCACCCCCAGCACGACGUCGACGGACGGUGGCACAGCGGCAGAGCAGCCAGGGGGGGUGAGCAAGGCCAAAUCGAUCUCGGAGCAAGUCAGGGAGAGAGAAUUGCUGCAGCAGAAAGAAAAGGAAAAACAAGAAAACAGGGACCGCAAAGGCAAAAUCGCGACGGAUAGCAGCUCAGCAGCUGCGGCGAUAACCGCAAAAUUGGGCGGAAAUAAUGGGGCAGACGACGAUAAAAGAAGGGAAAAAGCUGCGAAAGAAAACAAGAGAGACAGCAAAACGUCCCGGCAGAAAAACAGCCUCACGGUCGAAAACGUCAAGCGGCAGAGCGUGAACCUGCUCCGGGUGGAGACGGACACGCCGGAUACCAACAGCAACCGCUCUUCGGUACCCUCAAGCAUCCUCGAAGGGACGCACGUGGCUACGACCCGGGUUCCAGUGCCCUCACCGAAACACGAGAAAAACUCGCGACUGCAGACCGAGUUCGCCUCGAGCUCCUCCGCUUCCGACACCGAGCACACGACCAAAGUGAAAUCUCCCCAGCGGGAACGAAAAGCGAGACUUCAAGACAUGUCGAGCGGGUCCGAUCUAGAGGCAACGCGGAAAACGCCGUCGAGCUACAGGGCAGGGCGGACGAAAUGAUGUCUUCGAGUUAUGCACAGCUUUACGCAUGAGCAUGAUGAGUAGAGCUGCUCACGCCGAAGAACGCAAUGCUCCGACACAGGUAAAAAGAAAAGGCUCUGUGGGUGCCAACGAACAUACGAUGCUCAACACACCAUGAAUUUACGAACUGCAACAUCUAUCUACGACGAAGACGCACUGAGUGUGACGUACUCCUGCAAUCUAUAGCUGCGCUGAUCCUUGUUUCGGUAUCUCAGUC